GUAUCUUCUAUUUUGUUUGUAAAGAAGUUACACUUUAGCUACACCAGAGAAGAAGCAAUGAUCUCCGGCAACACAUUAUCAGCUAAGAACCACAAAGCUUUACUACCAGAAGAAGACCCACCAAGCCAAUCGAUAGCACCUCAAGACAACAACAACGGAGCUUCUUCCACUAUCUCCAUCUCAAGCUGCUUCAUCUUCACAUCUCUCCUUAUCAUCACCUGCGUCACUCUCUCUGCCGUUUUCGCCUUCGUAUUCUUCUCUUCCCACACACUCAAGAAACUCGACAAGCCCGUGGUUCUAUUGAUAUCCACAGACGGGUUUCGUUUCGGGUACCAACUCAAGACCAAACUACCAAACAUACACCGGUUAAUCACCAACGGAACAGAAGCAGAAACCGGUUUAAUCCCGGUUUUUCCAACACUAACUUUCCCUAACCAUUACUCUAUCGUCACAGGACUGUACCCUGCGUACCACGGCAUCAUCAACAACAAGUUUACGGACCCUGAAACAGGGAAUGUUUUCACAAUGGCUAGCCACGAGCCAGAGUGGUGGUUAGGCGAGCCGCUGUGGGAGACAGUAGUGAACCAAGGGCUCAAGGCAGCUUCUUACUUCUGGCCUGGCUCUGAGGUACACCAAGGCUCUUGGGAUUGCCCUAAAGGUUUAUGUCAAAACUACAAUGAGUCUGUUCCUUUUGAUGAUAGGGUUGAUACCAUCUUGAGCUACUUUGAUUUGCCUAGUAGCGAAAUCCCUAGCUUCAUGACGCUUUAUUUCGAAGAUCCGGAUCAUCAGGGUCACCAGGUUGGCCCUGACGAUCCUCGGAUCACUGAAGCUGUAGUCAACAUUGAUCGUAUAAUCGGUAGAUUAAUCAAUGGGUUGGAGAGAAGAGGGAUCUUUGAGGAUGUGACUAUGAUCAUGGUUGGUGACCAUGGAAUGGUUGGGACUUGUGACAAGAAACUCAUCUUUCUUGAUGAUCUAUCUCCAUGGAUCAAGAUCCCUAGCAGCUGGGUGCAUGACUACACUCCCUUGCUAGCUAUUAAACCGCCUUUGGGCCACAAUGCGUCAGACAUAGUGGCUAAGAUCAAAGAAGGUUUGAACUCAGGUGAAGUAGAGAACGGUAAGUACUUGAAGGUUUAUCUCAAAGAGGACUUACCUAGCAGGCUGCAUUACACAGAGAGUGAGAGGAUCCCACCUAUCAUAGGACUAGUUGAUGAAGGCUUCAAGGUUGAGCAGGAGAGGAGUGAAGCUUAUAAAGAGUGUGGUGGAGCUCAUGGGUAUGAUAAUGCUCUCUUCUCGAUGAGGACUAUAUUCAUUGGGCAUGGUCCUAUGUUUGCUAAAGGGAGGAAAGUGCCUUCUUUUGAGAAUGUUGAGAUAUAUAAUGUGAUUAGUACGAUUCUAGGGCUUAAGGCUGCACCAAAUAAUGGAUCUAAUGAGUUUCCUUCAAGCGUUCUCUUGCCACGCACGUAAGUAGAGUAAGUGUAAGUUCAUUGUUCUGUUAAUAAAAGGCAGCCUAGAAUCUACGGCUGCGUUUUCAGGCCGCAGCAAACGCGAAACACAUAUGCGCGCCUUUGAUCUAAUAGACGUUUUAUGCGUUUUGAUCUAUAUGUUUUUUC